AUGGCGGAAUACCACGCGCUGGGCGGCGCGCCUGCCACGUGGAUGUACGCGGCUCGGAUCCAGCUGUGCCUGGUGAAGGGUGCCACGUGGCGCCGACUCGGGAGGGGGAGGUUUCAACUGGCGGAGGCGGAACCCGGGCGGACGCGUCUGGGCGGGGGCGCAACGGGGGAACGCGAGGGGGAAGUGCGGGUCGGAGAAGGGGAAGGGGAAGCGGAAGGGAGACAGCGAGUAGCGUUGCGACAGCUGGCGCGCGCUCGGGAGCUGUGGCAGGAGAUGCGCGCCCGCGGUCUGCAAGCAGACAAGUACGCCGCCUCCGCAAUGAUUGCGGUGUGUGGGCGGGCGGGCAGGGCGGAUGAAGCAGAGAGGGUGAUGGCAGGGGUGGCGCUGGGGGGGAGAAGAGUGGUGGGGGAGGCGGUGCUGGGGGGGAGAAGAGUGGUGGGGGAGGCGAUGCUGGGGGGGAGAAGAGUGGUGGGGGAGGCGAUGCUGGGGGGGACUUGGGAGGGGGAGGCUGUGUUGGAAGGCACUGGGGUGGGGGGACAGGUGGAGCCGGGGAAGGUGUCUUCUGGUGCUGGUGUUGCUGCUGAUGCAAGGAGCCGUGACGCAGGCAUGGGUGGAUUCAACAGUGGGUUGAAUGGUGGGUGGAAGAGUGGCUUUAACGAUGUGGUGGUGUGGAACGCGCUGGCGGAUGCGUGGAGUCGGAGCGGGGAUGCAGUGCGGUCUGAAGGGGUGCUCUCUCGCAUGCUGCACGCGCACUGCCCGCCCAACCUCCGGAGCUACAACAUCGUUCUCAACGCCUAUGCCAAGAGCAUCACGCCAGUCAGUGCCCAUGGCGAUUAUCAUACUAGUGAGCAUGUUAAUGAGGGGAGAGGAGAGAUGAGAGUGAUCAGACACAAUGAUCGCAGAGAGGAGCAGUGGGCGAAUGGAUUGAUGAGAGGCGACGGGUGGCUGACGCAUGGCGGGCGGCGUGGCUCGUCUCCAUCCGUGCCUCCCCGGCUCAGCCCCUCUGAGACCAUCCAUCGCAUGCGCCAGCUCAUCGCCUCGAUGUCAAGACAAGAAUCGCCGCCCUGGCCUAGUAAUGCCGCCCGCUGCACGUCCAGACAGGAUCUAGCUGCCUGUGUGACGAGAAGUUCAAAAAGCACCCUUGAUGCUGUAACUCCCUGUACUACCACUUCUGCUACUGUGACUCCUGAUGCCGUCACUCCUGAUAUAGUCACGUUCAACACGUUGCUGGAUGCAUGUGCCCGGGCGGCGGAUGCGGACGCUGCAGUGGACACGUGGCAGCAGAUGAUUGGUUCAGGCAUCACACCCACAGAGCUUUACACCUUUUCCUGCAACCAUUUGUUUCCUCUCUCACUGCCGCCUUCCUCACUAUCUCUCCCCAAUCGCCCCAUAUACCCACAUAAAAAAGCAGCAACCGUUCCAAGCCCGCCCGCAACACCCCCUCCCUCACCUCCCUCUGCUCCUAUAAGCCCUCCCCCGCUUCCCCCGGCCACCUCUGCUGCCACUGAUCCCGGCCUGUUUUCUAGGCUCGGCCCGUGGCUGCAGCAGUGGUUCGGAGAGCCAGCAGCCACGGCACCAGCAGCACAGGGAGCUCUGGGGACUGCUGGAAUGGGGGCGAGGGGGGGUUGGGGCGGUCAGGUGUCGAGACAUGGGGCAGGCGAGAUGGGGGGUGAGCGGAGGGGAGAAGGGGGAGGAGGGGGUGGUGGUGGUGGUGGUAGGGCGAUGGGCGAGUUGGGAGUGAGGGGGAUGAAGGGCGGUUGGGGCGGUGAGGUGUUGAGACAUGGGGCAGGCGAGAUGGGGGUUGAGCGGGGAAGAGGAGGAGGAGGUGGGAGGGGCGAGUUGGGAGUGGGAGGGAGAGCUUGGGAGGGCAAGAGCAUGGGGGAGAGGGUAUGGGAGGGGAGCGAGGGCAUGGGGAAGAGGGCACGGGAGAGGGGCGAGGGCAUGGGGAAGAGGGCACGGGAGAGGGGCGAGGGCAUGGGGAAGAGGGCCUUCCUACCCCCAACUCUGCAUUGCAUUCAUUUCCGAUCUUUAUGA